AUGGCUGUCGUCGAGAGCCAAAUGUCGUACCUGGAGCCCUGGAGCUUAUCCAAAGAGUCACCGUACAUUCGUGGGCUAGUCGAAGAAGGCUACCCGAGUACGAACUUCAAAAACGAAGAGUAUAACGUCCGCAUCACUGAUGCUAGAACGUACAAGGAUAAUUUCAAUCUGGACACCCACGGCUUUGCUUUUCCUGAUGGUGGCAUCAUACCAGAAGAAAUCCUCCAAGGAAUCAGGUCUAAGGACAAGACAUUAGUGAGCGCACAAUACUAUCCUCUCGUUGAUACGUUGGUCAAGGAGAAAACUGGCGCUACUAGAGUCAUUAUCUUCGAUCAUACGUAUCGGAAGAAGGAUCCGGCGCUGUCGCCGAAGGAGAAUCCAAACGGAAGAGAACAGCCGGCAACAUUAGUUCACUGCGAUCAAUCUGCCAAUGGAGCUGUACGCCGAGUCUAUCGUCACGCGGGAGAGGAUGCCGAGCGCCUUCUACAAGGACGCGCUCAGAUAAUCAAUGUUUGGCGUCCUCUUAAUGAUGUAGUAGAAGAUUGGCCCUUAGCAUUGAUGGACUAUCGCAGCGCGAAGACGUCGGAAAUCCACCCCACCAACAUCUUUAAGGAGAAGGUCGAAUUGCAAGGACAGACAGUCAGCAUUAAUUAUUCGGAAGACCAGAAAUGGUAUUAUUUGGAUCAACAGAGAUCGGACGAAGUGACGUUCAUCAAGAUUUGGGAUAACAAAGAGGGAGUAGCUAAACUAUGUCCUCACUGUGCAUUCCCGCAUCCCCGGGCGCCGAAGGAUGCGCAGCCGAGGGAAAGUAUCGAGGUGCGAUGCUUGGUGUUCUAUUAA